AUGGGUGAAAUGAGCCACCAGCUUCCGGGAGGACCUUCGUUAGGAGAAAGGGUCACCGAGGCAGGAUUUGAAUGGAGAUCAAUUGCAGAAAAUAUUGCAGCAAAAGUAUCCGAUGUAGAUGAUGUGAUGCAGGCAUGGAUGAACUCGCCAGGUAUAUCAAGUCUACAUUUGAUUUUAGGGCAUCGACAAAACAUCCUUGGGUCUUUUGAAUAUUUCGGUGCAGCACAGAUGCCAGCGUUAUCAGCAGAACAAGUUGAACGUUUGAGGGUAGUCGAUUUACGAGAAGAACUCUCCAGCAGGGGCCUCCAAACUUCUGGUUUAAAAAAAGAUCUUGUAGCAAGGCUUUUGGAAGCCUUGCAGGGCGAAGGAUCUAGUCAAGAUGGUGCAUUGAGCCCAACCAGCAAAGGGGAAGAUCUAUCAGCACAAAGUUCUCCACAACAACAACCCUCUGGACAAAUAUCAGAGCAACCGGAAAGCCUUAUUAUUCGCAAACCCAAAAAAAAGGCACACGCAAGUGGUGAUGGUGAGCAUGAUUUUUUGCAAGAAAAGCUGAAAAUGGACCAUACUCCUUCAUCAGAAAAAAUACUUGCGCCAGUUAUAGAUACCAUUGCACAGGAUUCAAACAUGGAUAUGGUAGAUGUUGCACCCAGUGCAAACAUACAUACGGUGUUUGAAGAAAGCACGCAAGAGCCUUUAUCCACUGGCCCAACAGAGCCAGUUUCCAUCGAUACCCAGCCAAUGCGCGUAGAGUGCGAUCAGAUGGCUCAGGCAGAAGAUCUGGUCAAAGAAUCUCAGCUCGAAGCUCCAACUCAAAGCUCCGACAAGGAAAAUCAACAAAUGGUGCACCACAUUAAAUCUGAUGUGGCCGAGUCGAGAAACCCUCUUGCAAUAUUGUUUGAGGUCAACACAAAACUGGGUUCAGAAAAGUCUCUUUCCAUCACCAGGCUUCUUCCGCCAUUUAGCGCGGCAGGGCUACAGCAUCUGUUGGAAAGAUGGCCCGAAAAACAUGGCGAACUCCUAUUUGUGACCUCGGUGCCCUUGGAGCAGAUCCUUCAAACCAUCGAACAGGAGUCAAAAAUCACGGGUGCCUCCAUGCAAAAGGGCUUCAAUCGUGGCCAAAAGCGCACAUUUGAGGAGAUAGACCACGCGGAGGGCUAUGCUGAGCGCGGUGAAAGAAAAUAUCACCCUCAGACUAUGCUGUUGCAGCAAGGAUCCGAAGAUGAGGGGUCUUCCUUCGAAGACAUAUUCGAUGACAUUGAGGAUGAAGACACCAUAUUUGAUCCUUCUUUGCUUGAUGGUUGCGAUACCGAAGAGGACAGCGACCAACAAGACGUUAAUAUGAUGCAUUCGAAGAAAGCGAUUCCUUUAUCUUCGAUCGGAAAAUUUUCCGAUCUGAAGAUUGAGGAGCAAGAACAGGACGAGCAGGAAGACACUACUCCUAGGCGGACAUAUUUGCCAUCAAUGCAUGUUGACAAGGACAACCAAUUGGAUGUAAAUCCAUCCGUAUACAAUUUGUUCCGGGAACUUACUAUCGAAUGGCCCUGUCUUUCUUUCGACUUUUUGUCAACGGAUGUAAAUGAAAAUGGCAAUCUCUCUGUUUCAAUAGUCGCUGGCAGUCAAGCCGCUUCGUCUUCAAAGAACAGACUGUAUUACAUCAAGGCUUCUAAUCUCAAAGUGCUAAAGAAAAAGCAUUCCAUUGACUCUGGAUAUCUCUCUUCGUCAUCAGAUAACUCGUCCAGCGAUGAGGACGAACACCAAGUAAAUGUGAAAUGCAAAGCGUCAUCACCGGCUCUUUCCUCUAUCUCUGUUCCGCACCAAGGCUGUGUGAAUCGGGUUCGAGUCUCACGAGCAACAGGCAUACCAGCAUAUGUCGCCUCUUGGUCGGAUUUGGGGAAAAUUUAUAUAUGGAACUCUGAGGAUCAUCUUAGGCAGCUUGAUGAUCCUGUUAAUUCUUUGAAAUAUUCAUUUAUUGGAGAAGAUCUCAAGAAAAGGCAUAAAGCGGUCAAAAACAACAGUACAGCCUCAUUGGCCGUUAUGACCGACCAUGGCACUGAUGAGGGAUAUGCCCUUGCGUGGUCAAUAAAAGGGACACCCGGUCGAAUCCUUUCCGGAGACUGCAGUGGCAAAAUCGUCAUGUCGCAAUUGGGGGAAGCAACUUUUACGCCACUUGGAAAGCUCCUGAACCCCUCCUGUUCUGUCGAAGAUUUAUCUUGGAGUACGAUUGAGGCUGAAAUUUUUGCCUCCGCCGAUACUUCUGGGAUGGUGAAGAUUUGGGAUACCAGACAGGCAUUGAGCCCUGUUGCCACAAUACAUGCCAGCGCAUGUGAUGUUAAUGUUAUAAGCUGGAAUCCGUCAUCAACCUUCCUUCUUGCCAGUGGCGCCGAUGAUGGUGAGUGGGCAACUUGGGAUCUUCGGAAAGUAUUUACUGCAUCGCCAAGCAAAUCGGACCCGCUCGUUUCGUUCAGGUGGCAUCAGGCGCCAAUCUCA